CAAGGAAACCGUUCUAGUUCUUCUACAUGUGGCAGUGCUGAUGUGCUCGAAAUUUUGGGUGUCAGCAUUGAUUUGGGCCCUGAGGAUGUGAGAAGAUGUGUGGAGGAAGUAAGGAUAGGUUUCAUGAUGUCUCAAUAUAUCAUCCAGCAAUGAAAAUUGUUAGUCCGGUGAGGAAGAAGCUCAAAGUGAAGACGGUCUUCAACGUUCAAGGUCCUAUGUUGAAUCCAGCAAGAGUACCCUAUGAUGUUGGUGUUUACAAUGAAGAUAUAGUAAUGAAGAUGGCUAAAGCAUUGCAACGAUUUGGGAUGGAAAGAGCAUCGGUAGUUCAUUCAAAGGGUUUAGUUGAAAUAAGUCCACUUGGUAAGAUCUCAUCAUUUAUGCGUAUCUUUCGGUGAGCAAUCUUCUCAGUUGUUUCUUUUUGUCUAGUCUAUAUUUUUUCUUACAGAUUUUUAUUGGUUAUUUAUAAUAAGAUUUUAUCUCAUAAGCUCUUAGUUGGCUCUAUAAUUAUUGCAGAACCCGGAUAUCUCCUUGAUGUGACACUAACAAAGAUUGACAAGUUCCAUUUUGAUUCAUGGACCCUAGGACACACUCACGCAGGCGAGAUCAAGGCAUAGGCGGAUCUCGAUCCCCACUGUAGGCGGAUCUCGAUCCCCACUGCAGGCGAAACUCGCCCUCACCUCUCCAGCAAGCGAUCAACUCCACAGGCGAGUUCAGCCCUCGCCUUACACGCCCGCAGGUGACCCCAUCAGGCGAUUUCGACCUCGCCUUCAAGCCCUUGCCUGUCCACGAACGCCUCCGCAGGCUAGCUCCGAUGCAUGCCUCGCCCAAGCUUCUCUUCGCCUGAGCUCUGAUCAUCGAGCAUCGCCUCCACCAGCAAUCGUCACUGCCGUCGCCGUCGCCGACGAGGUCUUCUGUUCUUCUCCAGUGCACUUUGGUAUUCCUCGCUGCACCCUUCCAAGCCUAAAAGGAUGAGGUCUAGAAUUCAAUGCCGGAGUUCUUAGGAACGUACUUUCUGGUGAAAAGGAUCUAUUGCAGAUGCUAUUGUGCUGAAUGCUGCAGCGGCUCUUUUGGUGAGCGGCCGAGCGAGCAGCUUGGCCGAAGGGGUGGCACUGGCACAAGAGACCUAACAAUCCGGCGAAGCCACUCACAAUAUUCUAUGUAUUAGCGUCUCGAUCAACUAUACACAAAUAACAAUACAAAUUCAAUUCAAUUUAAUCCCAUACAAUUAAGUCAUGGGAUUCUGUAAUUCCACUCCACACACAAAUUGGGAAAGUCAUAAUAGUGACAAUAUAGCAGCAAUAAUAGUAUAAUGUAAGAAUUAGGAUUAUUUGCACUUUGAUACUCAAGAAUUACAUCAUUUUAAACUUAAAUACCCAUAAGUUUUUUCUCCACCACUUUGAUACAACGAAGAUUUUUCCCACCAUUUCAUACCCAAAAGUUUGCACCUCUUAUAAUGUUAAUACUUCAAAUUUUUUUUCAAAUUUUUUCUCGACAUCUUGAUACUCGAUCUUUACACCCCUUCUAGCCUUGAUAACCCGAACUUCUGUCUUUGACACUUAGACAUCCUAUAAUUUACAUUGUAUAAAAGCUAGAUGAUUUUUUCUUUUUCUUCCGGAUUUGCCAUUCACUUUUCAAUUUAUCUUCAUUUUUAACAUCUAAAAUUUGUUUUGGACCAAGGAUAUUUUAUGGAGUUCAGGCCAAAUUUCAUCAAAUACUAUUCAACACAAUUCCGUCCUUCGGAUAUUUUCUCUCUACUUCUUGGACUUCAGGGUAUUUUGGGAAAGUAAACCUUAGCCCUUUUUUUUGUUGGCCCUCCCCCUCUUCCAUUGCAGUAGGAUGGGAGCAGUAUGGCCUUCGCUGAGAUCAUGUGCACUGCCGAUAACCCCUUCGUCAUCCGCCGCCACGCCAUAUUUGACGACGCCGGCGAGAUCCAGAUCCUCGAGUACAUCGAGAACCGCCGCAUCGAGAGCCAGCCCUUCUCGCGUGGGAUCAAAGUUGGGACGCUCUAUGUAAACCCCCGUCAAAUUUUUCUCAAUUCCUCGCUCGAUCAAAACCAUCGCCCGCGUUCAAAGAAAUAAUAAGGCUCUCCCGAACCUGCAGAGUGGAUUACCCUAGCUUAAAGCUGGUCAUCGUAGGAGCCGGAGGCAUAGGUGGUCGAUCGAUCGAUGGAUCUAAGACGAUGAUUUUUAUUUGUUUUGGGUUUUUUCGGUUCUAAAUGGAGAUCUAGGGUUUGAUACGGUUCGAUCUGUUUUAGGGAAGACUACUUUCAAAAAGAGGCAUCUUACUGGAGAAUUUGAGAAGAAAUAUGAGCCGACUAUUGGUGUUGAGGUUCAUCCUCUGGAUUUCCAUACUAAUUGUGGAAAGAUUAGGUUUUAUUGCUGGGAUACUGCAGGGCAGGAGAGGUUUGGUGGGCUCAGAGAUGGAUAUUAGUACUUAAAAAUUUUCAAGGGGAAAAAGAGAUGGGACUCAAUGAGGUAUUGGAUUGCCCGGAUGAAGGGCCUAGAAGCUUAGCAUCACUUUAGGCCUAGCACCGUGUGAAUUAGAGUUGAUCGAGACGCUAAUACAUGAAGUGGACCUCUCGGAGGAAGAGGCCGAGGCAUCCCUCGACCUCCUGAACGAGGCCAACGGGGCCCUCAUCAGUGCCUUUCUUGUCUUCUUGAGAGCCAAAGGUGAAACCUUUGAGGAGAUGUGUAAAGGACAUCUGAAACUAGGGAUUCCUUUAAAAUGCAAUUAACUGAAUAUGAAUGAGAUAAAGAAGCUAGUAGGCAACACAAUGCACUACAUGAAACAGAGCCAUUCGAAAUUUGGAAAGUGGAUUUUCCUUCGUUAAACCUUAUCUUUGACAGUUUUGCAUCUUCGUGACUAUAUGCUAAAGUUGGAUGCUUUUUUGGAGGUUGGAUACUUGGAUUUCACUACAAGGUGUUUGUAGGAUGGGAGCCAGAUAUCAUGUUACCCUUCAUACAGUAAUGAAGAUGGCUAAAACAUUACAACGAUUUGGGAUGAAAAGAGCAUUGGUAGUUCAUUCAGAGUGUUUAGAUGAAAUAAGUCCACUUGGACCUGGAUAUCUUCUUGAUGUGACACCAACAAAGAUUGACAAGUUCCAUUUAGAUCCAUUGGACUUUGGUAUUCCUCGCUGCACCCUUCCAAGCCUAAAAGGAGGAGGUCCAGAAUUCAAUGCCAGAGUUCUUAGGAACGUACUUUCUGGUGAAAAAGGAUCAAUUGCAGAUGCUAUUGAUGUGAGAAGAUAUGUGGAGGAAGCAGGGAUAGGUUUCAUGAUGUCUCCAAUAUAUCAUCCAGCAAUGAAAAUUAUCAGUCCAGUGAGGAAGAAGCUCAAAGUGAAGACAGUCUUCAACAUUCUAGGUCCUUUGUUGAAUCCGGCAAGAGUACCCUAUGCUGUUGUUGGUGUUUACAAUGAAGAUAUAGUAAUGAAGAUGGCUAAAGCAUUGCAACGAUUUGGGAUGGAAAGAGCAUUGGUAGUUCAUUCAGAGGGUUUAGAUGAAAUAAGUCCACUUGGACCUGGAUAUCUCCUUGAUGUGACACCAACAAAGAUUGACAAGUUCCAUUUUGAUCCAUAAACUGAAGCAAGGAGCUGCCGCAGGUCUGGGUGCUGCUUGGACACAAUAUUUAUGGUCUCAGAUUCUUUAAUCAAACAGCAUUGCAUCUCAAUAAUAAUAAAAGUGUAAAAUAAUAACAAUAAUACUCCUUGGGCGCCAUACAGAGUUCUGAGAGUUGGUUCAUAUUGUUAUCCAAGUUAAGCUGAGGCAGAGUCACGAGCGACGUUGAAGUUUGGCAGAGAUCAGGCAGAAGAUAGUCUUUGAUGGUUCAGCACAUCCUUGUUGCAAGGAAGGUUAUCGUCAAGUAUGGGACUUUUGAUAAUGCGUUUGAUAAUGCUUGUACACUUUGACUAACAUUGUCAAAAUAUCAAAGUCGUUCAGAAAGAGAAAGGUGAGAAAGAAGAAAAAGUCAGAAGGUUGAGUGGCUUAAUUUUAUGAAUUUGCUUUUCUUAACAUGGAUCUGUUUUUUUAACAGUUUAAUA